CUCCCACCCACCCACUCCCCCCCUCAAGGGGCUACCAAUUAUUUCUCUUAGCUCAACUCAGCUCAACUCAGCUCUGCUCAGCUCAUUCCUCCCCGUUAACCGUCAACCAUCCCCCCCUCUCUCUGUUUACUUUUCUAUCCAAGGCGUUUAUCUAAUUUUCUUCUUUUCAUCUCUCUGGUUUGUUGCUCCGUUGCUCCUCAAAGUCUGGCCCCUGCUUUUGGACCGUUUCCUUCCUUGAAGCUCCGUCGUCCCAUGGCUGCGUGCCUUGGCUGCUAGUGCACCUGUCACAUUACCUGGGCUCCUCCUGCAACAAAAGUCCUAUUCUUUGCGACCGAAUUUCACUACAUGCGUUCCGACCAAACAUCGCUCUGAUCUCACACCCACAAAUUUGGUUGGUCUUAGCAUCCCCGCUCCACCGUCUCCGUCCGGACCUCGACCGUGUUUACGUCCAGCGCUAACCAAACCACGCCAUCCAGGAACACCCUCCAGACCUCCAUCCACACAUCUCCCCGUUAUGGAU